AUGCUUUACAACUGGCUUGGUACAUUAUAUCGGAGUGAUAAAAGUGAUAAGAUCGAAAUUAUAUUUAAAUCUGGUUUUGCUACAUUAGGGAAAACAGCAACAGAUGGUAUGUGUUAUAUUUUAAUUUUAAAUCCAUUUCCUAUUGUAACUGAUGAUGUAUCUCCUAACGUACCAUUCUCAACAUUACGUUUUUAUGGUAAAGGAACUCACCAGAAUUAUCAAUGUCAUUACAUUCCUAUGGCCACAACUGAUAAUAAUCCAAAUACAAUCGAUUAUCGACCACAAGUAAAUGCUGAAUCUGUUAUCGACACGCUCAAACGGUUCAUCGCAACACAUGGGUCUGAUAUACUCGUAAAUGGUAUCACCAAUAAAUUUCAAAUAGAACCUCCAAUUGACGAACGCCCUCCAUAUCCUAAUGUACCUAUGAAAGCAAAAGAGUUGCACAAGUUGGCAUCAUCAAUAAAUGGUUCAAAUGAAAAUCUUUUUAAAUUAGCUAGAGAAUUAAAUUUAGAUCGGAAAAUACCUCAUAUCCAAAAAUUUGCUGUAAACUUUAGUUUAUACUCAGAAUCACAAUCAAUAGCAAAAGAAGUUCUUAGAGCAUGGUAUGAAAAAUUUGAUCAGAAAGCAGAUUCUCAUACGUUAUUUUAUGCGUUAAUAAGAGCAAAUCUACUACCAGCGGCAAUAGAAUUAAGAACAAUAGUUGAAAAAUCGACAGAUAUAGACAGUGACGAUGAUGACGACACCUACGAAUAA